AUGUCCGUCUCCGAUUAUUCAAGUCUAUCUCAAGUCGAAUUCGGGGCGUCGCAAAUCAGACUCAGCCGCUUCACCGGAAUUGUACAAUUCCAAGUACAAGCAAAGUUUGAAGUGCUCUGUCAACCCGCCACGGAGCCUACCCAUCAUGCCUCCGAAGCAACUCCAAUGCAAGGAAUGCGGUCGAAUCCUGACCCGUCGCGACAACCUCGAGCACCAUAUGAGAAUACAUACCGGAGAGAAGCCCGAAAAGUGCUCGAUCUGCUCUCGGCCGUUCAGGAGACGAUGGGAUCUCGAGCAACAUACAAAGACUCAUUCUGGUGA